GUUGAGAAAGAUGUCACUUUAGAAAAAAAUGUGAGCAAAAAAAAAGACUCAUUGAGAAAAAUAAAAAAAAAUAUUUUGAAGACAGAAAAAAAUAUAAAUAAAUAGAAAAAUAUUUUAAAAGUGAAGAUUUUUCUAGAAACAAAUAAAAAAAAUUUAUUUGAAUGAAAAUUGAAAUGAAAAAUAAAAAAAAAAUUAAUAAAAUAGAAAAAUUGCAUAACUUUCAAUCAUUACAAAAAAAAUAAUAAUAACAUACAAUUAAAUUAUAAACACGUAAAUUGCAAAUAAGGAACCAAAUUGCAAAAAAAAACUUGAAUAAAGCAAUAUUUGUGGUUAACAUCAAGUUAUAAAAAAAGCCUCAAAGCAAAAAAUUGAACAAUUUAAAAAAAAAAAUUACAAAGGAAAUUUUUUUGCAUUAAAGGAUUUCACAAGACGGAACAAGAGGAAAUAUCUGUGAUUUUGUUCAGUUAUCAAUAUUUUAGAGACAAACUGUGAUCGAUUCGUAAGGCACACACCCGAUAUUGAUCAAACCAACAUCGAACCAACACACACAAAAAAAUCGAAACCAUGAAUAGUAUUGUCAAAGUUUUCAGUAAUUUUAAGGAUUUCUACAAUGAAAUAAACGGAGCCACACUCACGGGUGCCAUAGAUGUAAUUGCUGUCGAACAACCCGAUGGCUCGUAUCAGUGUUCGCCAUUUCACGUGCGCUUCGGGAAACUCGGAGUGCUUCGAAGUCGCGAAAAAAUCGUCGAUAUCGAGGUAAAUGGCGAACCAGUUGACAUUCACAUGAAAUUAGGAGAAUCGGGAGAAGCAUUUUUCGUCGAGGAAGUCUCGGAAGACGAUUUGGAAGUAUUGCCCGAGCAUAUGGCAACAUCGCCGAUUCCUACAAGUGAAUUUGAGAAGAAUUAUGAUAGUGCUAAUAACGAUAAUAAAGAUAGUAAUAGUAAUGCAACCACCGUAAAUACGCUACAAAUACCAAAGCCUCGUCGAAAUUCAAUCGAUUUAACAUCCAAUGGUGAUAGUAAUAGUUUAUUAAAAGUAGAGGAUGCGGAAAAAGCAACUCUCAAAUACGAAAAUCAAAUGAGUGAUUAUGUGACACGAAGACACACAGAUAUGGGAGCAAUUCGUCCUGAUUUGUCAGCCACAAAACGUGAAUAUACGACACAAAAAUUGCGUGAAGAAUGGCAAGCGGAACAAGAUCAGCUCCAACAGAUACAAGAAACGAUAAAAGCCAACGAAGAAUUGGAUGAAAAUAAGCAUUUCCGCCCCAUUGAAACGGAAGAUUCAACUCCAAAGGCAGAAAUUAUCGGAGAUUCUGAAGUUUGGCCCGUUGUAGCAGGCACGGAAGAGAACAAACAAGAUCCCAAAAUGAAGAAAAAGCGUCGCAAGAAGAGUGUUUUGAAGAAAAAGAAUCAAGCGCAACGUAAAAAUUCGGCUUCGAGCGGAAGUACACAUGAUGACGUCGAACAAGAUACCCUUUCGGUAUCCAUUUCCAACACAACGCUCUCUUCGUCGACAGAUUCAACGCCCCCGAAUUCGGGAGAUGUAAUUGAUGUUGCUUCAACGCCCGAAGAUUCCGUAAAAGAACCCCUUAAAGAGCCCGAAACCCCGAAUCGUGUAAGGGAAUUGGAUUUGCAUUUCUUCAGCGAUACAGAAGUUCAAAGCGGAUUAAGUCCCCGCGGAUCGCGCCCAUCGACACCCAUUCAGAGCGAUACGGAAUUCGAAGUUUCGCAACGUGAAAAGAACGAUGACAGCAUGUCAAACUCUGCGUCAUGGAAAUGGGGCGAACUUCCAACGCAACCCGAAGAAAUCCCCGGACAAACGAAAGAAGAUGCGAAACAGGCACAACGCAACUCGAUGCUCGGAGGAAUGUUUAGUUUUAUGAAACAAGGCAGAAAAUUAAGGAAACACAAUCCUGAAGGGCUUUAUUUGGAAGAUUUGGAAAACGAAGAUAUCGAUCCAGAAGUUGCUGCUUUAUAUUUUCCGCAACAUCAAAGACGCGUGAGUGCAGCAAAAGACGUUGAAGGUAAGGGCGAAGAUGAUCGCGAAAGCGGAAAUGGAACGUCAGUACCUCAAAGCCCAACAUCGAUGGAAGGAUUGAAAAGCUUGGAUAGCGAUUAUGACGAAGGAAAACAUUCUGCACUCGAUUUUGUUGCAAUUUCGCUAUGCGGCGGGUUGGAAAAGGGAAAUCCAACCGAAGAAGAGUUCAAGAAACAUCAAUUACAAUUUGCUGAUAUUUGUCAAGAUCCGGCGAUAUUUGCAUCUCCUAACCUCGUAGUUCGUCUUAACGGGAAGUAUUAUAGUUGGACAGUUGCGUGUCCCAUAGUCAUGACAUUAAUCAUCUACCAAAAACCCCUACCAAGUGAUGUUUGUCAACAACUCGACAAAUUAACGAAAGAACAAAAGGAACGCGAAAAAUCGAGCGAUGAAGAAGCAAAUGCCAACGAAAAAGCAUCAGGAAGUUAUAGUUGGUGGAAUUGGCGACGAAGCGGAAGUCAAUCUGUUAGUUCAGCACAACCUCCGACAUCUUCUUCGUUGCCCGAAGCUCGUGUCUUGUCAAAAUCUGUGGGAGAUAGCAAUUUAGCAGUUGGAACACAAACUUCGCGUGCAAAUACGCCCGAUGACAACAGUUUAUUGCAAAUUAGCGAGAAAUCCAAUAGCAAUGUGAAGCAAAAUGACUCGUACAACGCAAGCAUGAGCAGUUCAAAUGACAGUUUCGACGGCACAAAGUUGAAUGACACGAGCUACAUUAAUUCGAGUCUUGGAACAACGCUCGGCGAUGAGCAACAAUCAAACGAAAAGUAUCGGAAAUCGUUGAGACUUACUUCGAAACAAAUUGAAAAAUUGAACCUCAAAUCAGGCCAAAACGAAGUCGUUUUCAGCGUAACGACAGCUUAUCAGGGCACAUCUCGUUGCAAAUGUUACUUAUUCAAAUGGAAGUACAACGAUAAAGUCGUCAUUUCCGACAUCGAUGGAACCAUCACGCGUUCAGAUGUUUUGGGACACAUUCUCCCGAUGGUUGGAAAAGAUUGGGCUCAAUUUGGCGUUGCACAGUUAUUCAGUAAAAUCGAACAAAAUGGUUACAAAUUGUUGUAUCUGUCGGCACGUGCAAUUGGACAAUCCCGCGCUACCCGAGAAUAUCUCCGAUCAAUUCGUCAAGGCAACGUUAAAUUGCCUGAUGGACCAUUGUUGCUCAAUCCAACGUCUUUGAUCUCCGCCUUCCAUCGCGAAGUAAUCGAACGCAAACCCGAACAAUUCAAAAUCGCCUGUUUGAGUGACAUUCAGGCUUUGUUCCCUGAUAAAAAUCCGUUUUAUGCUGGAUAUGGCAAUAGAAUCAACGAUGUUUGGGCAUACCGUGCAGUUGGAAUCCCCAUCAUGCGUAUCUUUACGAUCAACACGAAGGGAGAGCUCAAACACGAAUUGACACAAACAUUCCAAUCAUCAUAUUGUGGCAUGGCGUAUAUUGUGGAUCAAUUAUUUCCGCCAUUACAUAGUGAAGAAAGUGUCGAGGAUAUUGAGUAUUCAAGCUUCAACUAUUGGCGUGAUCCCGUUGCUGAAUUGGUAGAUAUCGAUUUGAAUAUUUCAAAUCCGUCGCCAAGUACUUCGGGAACCGCAACUCCGACAAACUUGAAUGCAAGUCAAGUGCUGAGCAACAAAUCGUUGCCAACUAUUCCGGAAAACGUUAAAGUUUAAACGUUAAUCAGGAUCUCAUGUGUUUUUUCUCAGCAAAUGUUUGUUAUUUACACAGAUAAAAGAAAAAGAUUCAAACAAAAAGCAGGACUUUUUAUUUUUUUACUCUACUUAAAAUAAAAUUAGUCUUUCAGUUGAAAAAUUAUGUAAAAAAAGCAGCUGAAUUGCUUUUCAAAAGUUGCUGAAUUCGAAAUUUGUAUUCAGCAACUACUUUUUGAAUGCUUUAACUUAUUCAGCAACUUGUUUUAUCGCCGCUGAAUUGGAAAAAAAUGUAUUUAUGACUGAUUUCGUUGCUACUUUCACUCAAUAAAAAUGCCAAGAUGCUUUAAAAAUAUGGAAACUAUUAAAAAAUAAAUAUCAAAUAAAAUAUUUUAGGAAUAAAAAAUAAAACGUAGUUAAAUAUUAAUAAAAAAUUCACUAAAAAUAAAUAAAAAUCAGGAAAUAUCGUUUUAAGUUAAAAUUAGUACAAAUUUGCUUUAUAAGACCAAUUUUAGUUUUUUUUAAGUUCUAUUAAAAAUAGAAAAUAUUAUUAUUAUGAGUUACUGAUGAAUUACAAGUUAUCAAUUUUUUUUCUUCUUUUAAUUUUAAUUUUAUUUUAAAUAUUUAUUAAGUGAUAAAUUCAUGAAUUAUGCGUUUUAAAUGUAAGAAAGACAAAAUGUUACUAUUCAAUAAAAAAUAAAAAAAAAUAAUCAAUAUUUAUUCGUAAGCCUUAUUGUGAAAAAAAAGAAAGACAAGCAAGCUUCAGAUCGAAUGUGCUUUUAACUUAUAUUCAAUGGCUACAUGCAAAAAAUUAAGAAAGAAUAAAUGUAAUAAUUUUAAAAAUAUUUUUUUUUAUUUU